UAACGUGAGUGUGGCCCGACGCAUGUCUUAUAAAAAUUGUGACAAGUUUGUAAAAUGGAUAUAUUCAGUUCGGAUUAGAUGCAAUUGAAACGCUGCCCAUUUUUAAAUCAUGGGAGUUAAAUGAUGAUAUUUGCUCCAUUCUUGUGGACUACAGAGUGACAUCAACGAUAAUUUUAACAAAAAUGGAUUGGGAAGAUAUCGACUGUUUAUUUGAAAAGCUUCCAACAAAAUUUUUUGGCGAAUGCAUCAAGUUUAAAGCGGGAUUAAGAGAAUGGAGGAAGAACAUGGUAAGUGCAGCAUAAUUUUCUUUGGUGUACAUUUAUGCAAGCAUGUUUAGAAUGUACCGCUUGUACGUGAUGCAAGCACCUUAUCUGAGAGUAGUCGAAUUUUGGAGUGGUUACAGGAAAUUUCUGACGACUUAAAUGCAGCUAAAAGUUCAAGAGAUUCUUCACCAGUACUCCAGCCAACGUAUGAUAACUGCAUGGACAGUCGCAGCUUAACCGACCUUUAAAAGGUACGGUUAAAGGGCAGCUUGUGCUUCACUUUCAGCAGAAAAAUGGUUUCUUGGGCGCCAAGCAGCAGAAUACAUUGUGUCACUGCGUAAUAGAGAAUUAUAUAGGAAGGCGGAAAAAACUGACAUAUGGAGAAAUGCAAAAGUGGGCCAACAUCAUCUGCGAUGUAUUCCCCAAAGAGAAUCCGGAAACAUAUUUUCUAGCAAGAAAAUAUGGUAAGAAAAAUCCUACGGGAUAGCUAUUUUCACGCUGGACGAAUGCUGACAAAACCAAUUAUAAAAAGUUUUCAACCGAUCGUACAACUACCGCUCCGCCAGCAGCUUUAUCCAGCGAUAAGUAUUACGAAAAGAAGUGCUGGCUGCAGAAUAAUUGCACACCAUGGGAAUAGGUUAUCUGGUCAAAGAAUUAUAGAUAUCCAUAACGCCAGUUCUUUAGGCUGCAUUUUUAGUGAAUGGCCGCGCUAUAAGGACUUUCGUGGAUAUGAACUUGUAGAAAUAGACUUUGAGACUCUUUACCCCGGGAAAGGAAAUAUGUUAUUUUUGAAAUUGGAGAAGUUUUAUAAAGAAAUCCUCAAAAUUUUUGAUAGAGAUAUAAAAGACCGUGUUUCAAGGGAACUAUUCUUAAAGUAUUUGCACAUUGACAACAUCUCAAAUGAAUGUAAAUAUUGUAUAAGUACAAUUCUUCUACAUGCUUUGCUACAGCCUUUGAGGCUUAAUAAGGACAAAAAACCAACAAUAGCUGAUGCCCAAACAGAUUUCGUAACACUCGUUGCAACACGUAAUGAUAUUCAACCCACAAUAAUUGAAUUGAAGAACCAGUUUGCGGUAAGAAAGGAGAAACUACAGCCGAGAAUUAUCGUCGUUGGAUCAGAUUGGUCAUCCAUUUCAGAGUUUUAUGUUUUUUGCGAUGGUCUGCAAUGGAAAUGUACUACGUAUAUGAAGUGCGUUGACUGCAUUAUUAAACUAUCGUACGUUUAUACAUAAGAUAGAGUAUUCACAAAGAAGCAAGCAAGUAUGGGCAUUUUUAGAACAAUAUUUUUUUGAGUUGAAAUCCGAAGAAUUUUCUUCAGUGGCAAAUCUUUUGAGUAAAUUAAACUAAUUUCGUCUAAUUUUGCUAUAAUUUCCAAUUUUGCUUGUUUCAUUUGUCAAAAAGCUCACUUAAAUCCUAUAGAGCUGAUUAAACAUCUAAAGUCAGCACAUGGUACUCCACCAGUUUGUAAAUUUCAAUGUAACGAAUAUAAUUGCAAACAAAUUUUUUAUAACAUUCACAGAUUUCAAAUUCACCUCAAAAAACAUUUGAAAAUAGAAAUUCGCAAUAGCCAAUCUUGUAAAGAAAAUUCUCUUGCUCUUAAUAUUCCAAUUCAAACAACUAAUUCAUCAAAUCAACUAGUACCAAUUUAAAAUAUUACUUCUUUAAAAGAUUCAAUGAUCGCGUUUCUACUUCAACUGCAUUCCAAUACGAAUUUUUCUCAGAAAGACGUAUUCGAAAUUCAACCCCAAUAUGUGAAAUAUUAAGAGCCAUUAGUAAUUUUCAUGAAAAUAAUUCUAUACUUGAGGAAGUAAUUAAAAUUAUAUCUCAGCCAUUUUAUGAUUUAACCACCGAAUACAAAUUUUUCAAAGAAAUAGAAAAACUAGACCUGUAUAAACAUCCGCAAAAAUAUAUUGUUAGCGACGAACUCUCAGAAGUCAUACUUAAUAACAACCCAACUUUAACCUCAGCUAGAACCGAAAUAACCCUAUCAGACAUUCCUUUUCAAAUUAAAAAAUUUUUGAGAGUAAAGGGAUCUUAGAAGCAACGCUUUUAAAUAUGAAAACCUUUUCAGAAAACCUUCCUUAUACUCAUUUCAUCAAUAGCAGCUUUUGGCAAAAUUCAAAGAAAAAUAAUGUAACGAUUCCAUUUUUUUGUAUAUGGAUGACUUCGAAAUUAAUGAUCCUUUGGGCAGUAAAUCUGGCC